AUGGACAUCAAUAAUGCCUUUCUUCACGGUGACUUGAACGAAGAAGUAUAUAUGUCUUUACCUCCUGGUUUUCACAGCAACAAGCCGAAUCAAGUAUGUAAACUUCGACGAUCUCUAUACGGAUUGAAACAGGCCAGUCGCCAAUGGAACUCCAAGCUCACUGCUGCUCUAGUUCAGAAUGGAUUCCAUCAGUCCAAAUCUGAACCAUCUUUGUUUACUAGAGGUAUGGAUACCAAUUUCAUUGCUUUGUUGAUCUAUGUGGACGAUAUAAUAGCUGCCAGUCCGAGCAUAUCUGUCAUCAAAUCUGUUAAGCAAUUCUUAGACAAAGAGUUUAAAAUUAAAGAUCUUGGCCCCCUAGGCUACUUCCUUGGAAUUGAAGCUUGCAAAGUGAAAGGAGGCAUGAAUCUUUGUCAACGAAAAUUCGCUCUGGACAUCUUAGAAGAGGCUGGUUUCCUGGAAAAUUCUCAACUUCAGCUCAGAGUCUUCUCAGACUCCGACUGGGCAGCAUGCGGUGACACUCGAAGGUCCAUCACCGGAUAUUGUGUAUUUCUAGGUGACGCCCUUGUGUCAUGGAAAUCCAAGAAGCAGAUGACAGUGUCUAGGAGUUCCUCCGAAGCCGAAUACAGAGCCUUGGCAGCCACUGUCUGUGAGGUACAAUGGCUUGUCUAUCUCUUACAAGACUUGCACAUCCAGCUGGACAAACCAGCCACCUUAUUCUGCGACAGCAAAUCCGCUAUAGCCAUAGCGGAGAAUCACGUCUUCCACGAACGCACCAAACAUAUUGACAUCGACUGUCAUAUCGUUCGGGAGAAACUUAACCAAGGCCUCAUUAAGCUUCUGCCUGUAUCCUCCGCCAAUCAAGUGGCCGAUGGUUUUACUAAGCCUCUUGGCUCUCAGAUGUUCCAGACCUAUGUAUCUAAGCUGGGCGUUCAAAAUUUACACGCUCCAGCUUACGGGGGGGUAUUAGAGCAUGAUGUAGAAGGGGAUAAUGUGAAUUAG